CACCUGUGACGCGCCCUCGUCCGCGAGGUUGUUUUUGGAGUAACCGUGGUAAGAAAAGUAGCGUGCUGAUCGUAUACUCCCAAGCAAUGGAUCGUGCCAGAACUGUGAUAUCUGCAUUGUCGCCGGUUACUCGCAUCGUAUUCACACAGACAAAUUCCAAGGCGCCCGUGAUACAAGUUUUGAAAGGAAAGUUUGGGUACAAUGUGGUGAACAGUUUGGCGCCAGCUCGGAAAUAUGCUACCCGUGCAGCUGCGGAACCGUUUCUCAAUGGAAGUUCAUCUAUUUAUGUCGAGGAAAUGUACAAAUCAUGGAUGCAAAAUCCGUCGAGCGUACACAAGUCCUGGGAUGCUUUUUUUCGAGGUGCUACGGCAGGACUCCCGCCGGGACAAGCCUACCAAGCUCCUCCCAGUGGUCCCGUUGCCCUUCCGCCUGUCUAUAUGCCUUCACAGGUUCCUGCUGGUGCCGUAAUUCCAGCUUCUCAAACAGCUGCAGUGGCUGCGUACGCACCCACCCAGGCAGCACCCAGGGACAUAGACGACCAUCUCUCUGUGCAAGCCAUCAUUCGUUCCUAUCAGGUGAGGGGGCACUUGGCAGCCAGCAUUGAUCCAUUGGGCAUCACGACAGCGUCGGCGCACUCUCCCCUUAACCGAGAUCAGCUGCACACUCCCGAAGUGGUCCUGCGAAAUUACAAAUUAGAGGAAAAGGACAUGGACAGACUCUUUAAGUUACCCUCUACCACCUUCAUUGGUGGCGAAGAAAACGUCCUUCCUCUCCGUGAGAUACUCCGCCGACUCGAGAACAUCUACUGUAACACGAUUGGAGUUGAAUACAUGUUCAUCAAUGACCUGGAUCAGUGUAACUGGAUAAGGGAGAAGUUUGAAUCUCCAGGUAUCAAGAAGCUGACCAAAGAUCGAAAGCGCCUUCUCCUCUCUCGCCUUGUGCGAUCCACAAAGUUUGAAGAAUUUCUGGCCAAGAAGUGGGUUUCAGAGAAAAGGUUUGGGCUCGAAGGCUGUGAGGUGCUGAUUCCUUGUAUGAAGACCAUAAUUGACAGAUCCAGUGAAGCAGGCAUUGAGAGCAUUGUCAUUGGAAUGCCCCACAGGGGUCGCCUAAAUGUGUUGGCCAAUGUGUGUCGAAAGCCCUUGGAGCAAAUAUUCACCCAGUUCAGCGGACUGGAGCCAGCAGAUGAGGGCUCUGGGGAUGUCAAAUAUCACUUGGGUAUGAGCCACGAGCGGCUGAACAGGGUUUCCAACCGUAACAUCAAGUUGGCAGUGUGCGCCAAUCCUUCCCACCUGGAAGCGGUGGACCCUGUGGUGCAAGGCAAGACACGAGCAGAACAGUUUUACAGAGGAGACACUCAAGGCAAAAAGGUGAUGAGCAUUUUAUUGCACGGCGAUGCCGCUUUCGCCGGGCAAGGCGUUGUAUAUGAGACCUUCCACUUGAGUGAUCUUCCAGACUACUCUACCCAUGGAACUAUUCACAUCGUUGCUAAUAACCAGAUCGGCUUUACGACGGAUCCCCGUGUUGCACGAUCGUCGCCAUAUUGUACCGACGUGGCCCGAGUGGUGAAUGCACCCAUUUUCCACGUCAACGCAGACGACCCAGAGGCAGUAGUGCACGUGUCCCAGGUUGCUGCAGACUGGCGUAGUCGCUACGGAAAGGAUGUAAUCAUCGACUUGGUCUGCUAUCGUCGGAAUGGCCACAACGAGGUUGACGAACCCAUGUUCACGCAGCCCCUCAUGUACACCAAGAUUCGCAAGCAGGCGACUUGCCUCGACUUGUACUCACGAAUGCUUCUCGAUGAAGGUGUCGUCACGGAGAAGGAAAUAGAGGAAGAGAAAGAAAGAUACGAAAGCAUUCUUACGGAAGCCUACAAAAACGCUGAGAAAGAAGGAAAAAGUUACAAUAGAGACUGGCUGGACUCUCCAUGGAGUGGCUUCUUUGGGGAGCGCAGCCCAAUUAAGUGCGACCCCACCGGAGUCUCCGAAGACGUCUUGCGCCACAUAGGAGUUGCGUUCAGCUCACCGCCUCCGGGCAACUUCAAAAUCCAUCCUGGCUUGAGGCGCGUCCUAAAGUCACGUAUGGAGAUGGUAGAGCAGAAGACGGUUGACUGGGCCUUGGGCGAGGCCAUGGCCUUUGGCUCUCUGCUUAAGGAAGGCAUCCACGUUAGGCUAAGUGGGCAAGACGUGGAGAGGGGCACUUUCAGCCACCGGCAUCAUGUGCUACACCACCAGACAAUUGACAAAACGACCUAUAGACCGCUGUGCCACCUAUGGCCUGACCAGGCACCAUACACUGUCUGCAACAGCUCCCUCUCGGAGUACGGCGUCUUGGGUUUUGAGUUGGGCUUCUCAAUGACCAAUCCGAAUGCACUUGUGAUGUGGGAAGCCCAGUUUGGGGACUUCUUUAACACUGCUCAGUGCAUCAUUGAUCAGUUUGUCAGCAGUGGACAGGCAAAGUGGGUGAGGCAGAGUGGUCUUGUACUGAUGCUGCCUCAUGGCAUGGAAGGCAUGGGCCCAGAACAUUCAAGCGCACGACCGGAACGUUUCCUGCAACUCUGCAGUGAGGAACCAGACAUUCUCCCAGCAAUUGAUGAGGACUUUCCGAUGAAGCAACUUCAGGACAUCAACAUGAUUUGCGUGAAUUGCACAACUCCAGCUAACUACUUUCACGUGCUGAGGCGACAGAUUGCCCUGCCUUUCCGGAAACCGAUUAUAGCCUUCACUCCAAAGUCUCUACUGAGGCAUCCAGAUGCCAGAUCACACUUCAGUGAAAUGUCUGAAGGAACUUCAUUCUUGCGCCUUAUCCCCGAUGGAGGGGUAGCCCAGAACAACCCCAAUGGUGUAAAACGGCACGUGUUUUGCUCUGGUAAAGUGUACUACGACCUCUCGAAGGAACGGAAAGCUCGCAACAUGGAGGGAGAGGUAGCAAUUACACGCGUCGAGCAGUUGUGCCCAUUUCCCUUUGAUCUGGUCAAGGAAGAAAUCGAGAGGUAUCCGAAUGCAGAGCUGGUCUGGGUCCAAGAGGAGCACAAAAACCAGGGAUACUGGUCUUUCGUUCAGCCCCGCAUCCAGACCAUUACUGCUAACCAGAAGCUGGUCCAGUAUGUCGGACGGAAUGUGUCUCCUUCAACGGCCACUGGAAGCAAGCACCUGCACAAGAGGGAAAAUGAGAGGCUGCUUAAUGACACCUUCACCCUUUGAGCAAUCUAGUUUACUCCUGCAGUUCUUGCUGGCCAUGUUCCUUAUGGGCUAGACUAAACAAGCGAAAAAUUAUCAUCUUCUAAAUCUUUUCUAAUGUGAAGGAUGUAGCAUCCAGCAUCAAAGUAACUUAUUAAGCAAACCAGUCUAGUGCACCUGUAGUGUUUCUUACAAGAAUUUGAUGAGUAUUUAGUCGACUGGAAUAGUAAUAAUGAAGUGGUCUUCGCUUGGGAUGGCUCAUUUCGCUUAGGUACCUAGGAAGGAACUUAGGAGAGAAGUACCAUGUUCCAGGUCAGUUAUGCAUAUGCGAUACUGCUUUUGGGCUGCAUAUCUGCUGUCCUCCAAAACGAAAUAACCAUAAAAGGAUCUGGUGCUUUGCUUUAGAAGGGAAAAAUGAAAUUCAGUACUUGUUGUCUGGAAUAUGGCUUGUGUGGUUUUACAUAUACAACUCGCUGGAACUGGUUGGUAUUUAUAGGUGUCAGUACCCCUGGGUAACCUUUGCACAGGUAAAGACUAUGGCAUAAUUGCUGAGUAACAGUGUAGUUGCCUCGCUAUUUAUUUUUGGUUUGAGAAGGCUGUGUAAAGUCUAUUGAAGCAUUUUGACUUAGUUACACUGGUAAUUGUAGCUACUGUGUAUGGGGGAGGCACAAGUUUAGCAAUAAGGGAGAAGCAAGCACACUCUUGCUUGUAGUACCCUUUAGUGUAGCGUCAACUGUGCUUUACCCAAACUUUUCUUUUGCUGUUGACAUUUUACUUGGGUAACAACAGUUCACGCAAUUGCCAAAGAGAUAUCUCUAUUUUCUUGCAUGUUUUCAUAGAAAUGGCUGCAUUUUACAGUCUUUUAGAAAUGCUGUAUAGGUUUAAUAUUUGCACAUUGCUUGCUUGAAAUAUCUCAUUUUAAAAUUGCGAUGCCUUCAAAAUGUUGCCACUGUAUGGGGCAAACUUGCACAAUAAACGGUCCUGUUUGAACAUGUUA